AUGGGCGAUAAAUGCAAGAAUGAGAUAAAAGUGGAUAUAAGAAACGAAACAAUUGAGAACACUUUAAAUGAUCUAAGAUUACAAAUAUCUAUAUUAAAGCACCAGAAUUUAAAUAUCAAAUCGAAAUUGGACGAAGAUAUUAAUAAAGGAUGUGCAAUGACAAAAUUGUUACAAAAAAGGAAGCCUUUUAGACAAACAAAAACUGGUGAAGUGAUAUUUCCCGGGAAAAAGGAAAUGGAUUUUAAACUGGAUGUAAUGACAAGAGAAAUUUUGAAGUUAAGAACGGUAUUAAAUGGCUUGAAAAGAAACCACAAUCAAAUCAAUUCAGCUGGAAACAGUAAUAAAAUCAAAUCUAAUUGUUCUGAUACUAAUAAUGAAGACAGCAAAAAUAAAAAGUUAAACGAAGAACUGUGCGAACAAUAUAACACAAUGAAAGACACAUUUGAUAAAAUUGUAUUAGAAAUAUCGAAGUACCGUGUACUAUCAGACAAUAAAAUAAAAGAAAUGGACAAUAGUAAUUCACAGUUGACAAAAACACAAGAAGAAUUUUACAAUGCAGUUACAACAUUAGCACAGAUAGAAUCGAACACUUUAGACGAUGUAGAGAUUGUACGAAAAGAAUUUAAAGACGUCAAAGACCGCUUGGAUGGUUUGAAAUCGGAGGCUGAGCAUCAAAUUGACGAGUUAAACGCUACAAAUGAAUCGUACAUGAAUGGUCUUCAAGAAAAAGAGUAUCAAAUAGUCCGAUCUAAUAACCUGUCCAAAGAGAAGGCGAAGCUUACGGCGGAAUUCGAAUCUGAAUUCAAUCGACAUAAAGAAUAUUUCAAAAAACGAGUUAGCCAAGUAGAAUUUUUGCCCGCUGCGUUACAAGCAGUUCAAAAACAAAUGAUCCUUGAAAAAGAAUUAAGAACUUCGCUGGAACAAAAUGUUGAAAUUCUCAGUAAAAAGCUAAAAACAACUAAAAAUGAUUCUUGUAAUGACUCUCUUGACAUGAAUCAAUUAUUGAAGUCUAAAGCUCAACUGAAAAUCAAACAAAUGAAAUUGGAAAAGAUUUUAGAAGAAAAACUACGUUGCUGUGAUGAAAUAAAAACAUAUAAGUAUCAACAAAAAUCUGUGCUAGGCAAGAUAAAAUCCGAAACAAAGUUAAAAAUAAACGAUUUACGUCGUAUUUUAAAAGCACCUGCUGAAGAAUAUUUAAAUACCAUUAAUAAACUUCAAAAUCAAAUAUCUCAAAUCGAGGCAUAUUCUUGUUUUGAAAACGAUCAACUAAAACUUAUGUCUUCGAUCAUGCAAAAACCAAUCGACGUAUUAGCCAGUAUUUUAAAAGAAGCAAGAGAACAAAUCACCGCUAUAGGAAAUCUACAGAAUGUACUUACUGUCUGCCCAAAAAUAUGUUCGUAA